UUUGCCUCCCCUCGAAAGAAAGCCUGAACUUCCACUACUGAUACCUGCGACGGAAAAAAAAGAGAAAAAAGUCACAGUCCUAUCCUGUUCUGGAAUUCUUAGCCGAAAAUGAUACAUUUUUGGCAGGCACAUGCCUGUGUUGUAAGUGAAUUAAGUAAACCCCCGCCCCCGGUGUCUCAAACGGCUUCAAAAUGAGGAUAACCAGGUUUUGUUCUCGUUUUCAAACAGGGAUGAUCAAUGGAUCAACGAACAUUCUCAGAAUGUGAGCUCUGAAAGUCAAGUAGAUCUGGGUGUUAGAGUGCGUGUAAUCCUGCCAUUUAUCAUCAAGUUUAAAAUUUGUGCUCUUGAAUCUCGGAAUGUGCUCUUCAGCAAUCAUGUGACCUAGUGGGAAUGAUGCAAAAAGUGUGCCAUAAAGCAUGGAUGAUCUUUAUGACUGGCAGGCAAGUAUUCUUGCUUCUGCAAGAGAGGAUAACAAAUUUUCACUGUGGGAUCUUCUAAAUAUUAUUCCAACAGACAUACCAAAAGAUGCAUCAGAAUUUGAUGAGGAACUGCGUAAUAUCAUAAUAGAUUUGUACUCUGACAGUUCAAUUUCUUUGCAUGUGAGUGAAAGUAAUGCCAAAUAUCCAGUCAACCCUCCUUCACAUGUUAAUCAGAUCGAAGAAAGUGUUGUACACGGGAAGGUCCUGAUUAAGAAUGGACACAAAGAGAACAUUGCCUGUAAAAUUAAAACUCCUGUAGAUAGUUUUAAGAAUGCAAACAAAGGGAUCAUUCAUAUUAAUCAGCAGUCUGAAAGUCUAGAUACUAUCAAAUCUGAAAAUGAUAGCAACUAUAAAGAGAAAAAAGAAAAUUCUAAUGCAAUUCCAUUUUCAAUGGAUAUCACAUCAAGUGACAAUAAUGAUACAUGUCUGGAACUUGCUAAAAACAAGCUUGACGAUGAUAAGGAUUAUAGCCAGGACAAAUGUGAGAUUAAACAAGAGGUUUCAAAGUUUGUUAGCAAUGAAAAUGAUGCUGUGAAAUGUGAACCAGUUGCUCUAGGUGCAGAAGGCACACAGCUAGAUAAAGGAAUUGGAGAUUUUUCUUCCCACAAGACUGGCUUCGAAACAUAUCAAAGUAAUUUGGAUGAGCUUGGAGAUGGACAAACAGCCCAGCUGCUUACCAGUUUUACAGACUGGAUAUCUAAAAUGUCUUCUGAUCCACCUAAAGACCUAUUUGGCAAUGUGUCCCUUUUGGGUGAUCUUCCUAAAUGUGCUUAUCUAGAUGUACACAGCAAAGGGUUAGCAAUGGGUGAAGCUAUGGAUCAAAUUUCACCUGUUAGUAAGCCUUCUGAACUGCUAGAGGAUGACAUAUUAAUCAAAACCCAUCCAUUGACUGUGAUAGCGGAAGAAACUGAUGUUGUACUUAAGCAAGAAACAGACAUUGAGCUGGGUAUAGAUGAACCAGAGUCAUCGCAAUCGUCAUUUGAUCUAGGGUCUUCGACACAUGAUUCAGGAAUAGGAUCAAUCAUAGUUUUAAGCCAUCUGCAGGAAGAAAGCGAUGCUGCAAUUGAACCUACAGAAAUCGAGACUUCAGCGGUCAUAACAGACAGGGAACAUGCUGAGAGCCAAGGCAGAACGUAUAUUAAGACCGGCCCCAGUAAUUUCUGUGAUGACGACAAUUUUCUGGCAGAGCUGGAGCAGAGGCUUAAUACUAUUGAUAAAAAGGCGCCAAAAAGUGAGUUGGUGUCGUCAUCUGCUGUCGAUAGCAAGCUGGAUUCGCACAUUCAAGCAUUAUCAUCUGAUUACUCCAUCUUGAUGAAGGAGAAGAUGAAAUUAAAGAAAAUCAUAUGGAGUCUAGAGGAGGAUCUUGCUGCUGAGAGAAAGCUACUUGAAAUUAAAAAUGAGGAAAAAAUUGAUAUUCAUGAACAGAAAUCUCAGAUAGAAGCUGUCGUUUUGGAACUGGAGGAGAGAUUGAGGAACUUCGAGACUGAAAAUGAAAGGCAGGAUGAGUCUUUGAGGGAAACAGUGGAGAAGCUUCAAAGGAUGAAUCAGGCUUACGAUGAAUUGAAAAGUAAAAUAUUUGACACGGAGGAAAAAUUUAAGCGACAGAAUGGCGAAUUAGAAAAAACGAAAACCGAACUCAAGGGUUGCAUAUCAGAGGCAAAAACAUCAAAUGAAAGUAAAGAGAAAUGUGAAUCGCAGCUGAAAAUGCUUUCGGAAGCUUUUCAAAAAUUGAAACAAAGUAAAGACUGGUUAGAGUUUCAGUUAAAAACUCUGAGUGACUCAAGAGCUAAAAUGCAGUUGCAGUUUGAAGAGGCAAAGACAGAAAGAAACAACAAAGCAAUUGCAUUAUCAGAGCUCCAAGCAGAAAACAAAAAGCUUUCAACAAAACUUGCUGAAUUGAACUAUGCCAGUGCCAGUGAAAAAUCAGAAAUUGUAAAACAAAUGGAAAUAGUCGAAAAUGAAAUAAAAGAGUAUGAUCUCCUCUAUGCACGCCUUGAGAAAGAAAAUAAAACUUUUAGUUUGUUAAUAAAUGAAAGAAACAAGAUAAUCGAGACAAAUGAGGCAAAAAUUAAAGAGUUAAUUGAAAUUGUCGCAGCAGCGGAGGGCAAAAUUGAAAAGUUGACAACAGAACUUUCGAAAAGAGAAAAUACUGUUGAGGAUAUGAAGAAUGACAUGGAAAAUACAAAAGCAAAAAUAGAGGAGUAUGAAAGAUUGGUAAAAGAACUAGAAGAAGAAAAUACUAUUGAAAAAAGCAGGAUAAGAGAACUGGAACAAAAGAUGCUAAAUUUGCAAGGGGAAGUUGACAUGAAAGAAGAAAGAAUGUCUUUGCUUAUUUCAGAAAAAGAGGGCUUGAAGAAGAACCUUGAAGCAGCUAACGAAGAAAAGGCUGAAUUUGAAAGUGCAGCUCUGGCAUUGAAAAACGACAUGCAGAAGGUGAAUAUGAUUUUUCAUAUAAUGAAGAAGGACUUGGCUUCAAAGUCUUCGCUACUGCAGACCAUUGAUGCGAAGAAAAUGGAGUUAAUCAAUGAAAUGAAGGAUCUGCAGGAAUACAUGAGUGAGCAAGGUCGAGUGCAAAAUGAGCUCAGGGAUGCUUUAAAAAAUAAGAUCGAGACAGUCCGAUUUCUGACUGAAGGAAAGGAAGCUCUUACUGUUGAGGUAGAACAAUUGAAGACGAAAUACAAGACAAUGCAAGAAGAUUUAGACAAUGCAGUCAGAGCAAAAGAGGGUCUGGAAAGAGAUUCCGAAGCACUGCAAAGCGCAUGGAGAAAACAGAAGGAGGAAUUUGAAAUUAAGAUUGAUGAUUUGACAACGGAAUGUGAAGCAAUAACUUCAAGAAGUUCUGAGACCGAAAAAUGCAUGAUAGAACUGAGAAAUGAGUUAAAAACCAUGACGGAAGACUUUCAACGCCAUAGAAAGGAAAGCCAGUGUGAAAUAGCUAACCUAAGAGCCAAAGAAAAUAAAUUGACCACAAAAUUAAAGGAGAAGCAAAAUGAAUGGCUGAAAAAGGAAGAAAAUUACGAGUCUAGCAUAAUGUCUUUGGUAGAAAGACUGAAGGAAGAAAGCAUCAAAGCUCAGCAUUUGGUUGCAACUUGCUCUGAACAGAAAAAAUUGAUUGAUGAAAAGGAGCGAAAUUAUAAGCUGUUGGCAGAAAAAUUGAGAGGAUUUGCUCAUCAUGUUGGGCUGUUAAAGCAGGAAAGAGACAUCGUUAGCAGAGAGUUAUUACGGCUCAAAUCUUCUAUUCCUAAAAUAUUUUCUUUUGUUGCAAGUGCAGUUGAUCGAAUGGGUUUGCAGCUGAAAGAGAGUUCUCAAAGUAAUGAUAAUUUGAUGGAAGUUGUAAAUAAUCUCAAGUUAGAAUUAGUGAAAAGUGGGAAUCGAACGGCGCUUAUGGAGAAGAAAUUACAGCUUGAACAAGAAAGGGUUGCAAACCUUGAAAGAGAUGUUGAGACAAAGCAGGACGAGCUUAAAGGCGCAAAGAAGCAAAUUUUAGUGCUGAAGAAGGAUAAAGAUUUGGGAGUUUUGAAGUUUGGGCAAUACAAAAAGAGUGCAGAAGAAAGAUUCACAGCAGCAGACAAAGAGAAAAAUGAGCUGGCUGCUCAAGUAAAAAUGCUAAAGGAUGAAAAUCGUUUGAUGUUGGCAAAGCUUGAACAACGUGAAAAAGACCUAGAGGAAACGACAACUGAGAAAAUCGAACAGGGAAGAAAAUUAUCUGAAAUUGAAAAAUCAUAUUGUGAAAUAUUGUCUGCUAAAAAUGAAGCUGUGGCAAAAAAUAGUAAGAUUACUUCAGCAUAUGAAGAGCUGCAAGGCGUAAUUUUUAGUCUUGAAAACCAGUUGGGAAUUGAGCGCAGUCAAACGCGUGUACUGCAGGAUCAAAUUGGCAGCUUGAAGUGGCAGCAGAAGCAAGCCUCUGCGGAGGUGCAAGUGAAGAAAAACGAGCUAGAUGUCUUGAAGUCACACCAUGAUUCGGAGUUAAGAAACAUUAACUCAUUAUUAGAUGUAGCGAAAACAGAGCUUAAAUGUCUGCGAACUGAAGUAUCUGAGACACGGAAGGAAAAGCAAAAAUGCAACGGUUUACUUAUAGAAGCAAGGGAACGCUUACGACGUCAGGCAAAUGACUCUGAAAGACUUCAGAAAGAUAUUUUAAAGAGAAACGAAGACCUGAUUAGGUUGAAAGAAGAUAUGAGUGGAUGCAAAAGUACUGCCACUCGAGAAAUGCUCGAUUUUAUUGUGAAAAAGGCAGUCAUAAAAUUACCAAAUUUGGACGUUUUGGAAGACGAUGCUAAACACAAGCCAAGCUCUGCCCUUGCAACACUGCGUAAGUGCAUGUCGGCGUUACGUGUCGAAAUGGAUACACUGCAUACAGAAAUGUCAUCUCAACAAGAAUGCUUACAGGGAUCUCGAAGCAAGUUAAGUGAAUUCCAAGAAAACUUUGGUCAUUUACAAUCAGCUUGCCAAAGCCUGCACCAGAAAUCAUCUCAGCCCAGUAAAUCGGAAAACCAUUUGAAUAGCAAAUGAAAAAGUAGCAAUCUAGCAAUGUUCUAUUCUUGGAAAACAACAUUUCAGAUACCAAAUAUUGAUGUCAAUUUUUGUGUUAACAUUGCUCAUACCAACUGUAUUUAAAAUGGCUUAAGUUUUUAUUCUUUUUUGAAAGAUUACUUUUCGUAAUUUCGUUUUUGCUUGAAUUGUGUUCUUGAUAUAUUUAUUGAAUAUACUUCUUUUAUAAAUAAAUGUAUUAUAUGUUUUUAAGUGGAUGAUAAAAGUUAUUGAAUAUUUCCUGUAUAGAAAGUUAGCUCAGAAUGUUGGUCUAUUUUACUGUAUAAUGUAUAAUAACUGUACAAUUAUUUGUCAAACUGCUCUCUGC